UAUUAUUGUGAAACAAUGAUAACAAGGUCUUUAAAAGUAGUGCCGAAACCUGUGUUUACAGCGUUUUUGAGGCAAUACACUGUGUCUCCAGAGCAAAAAAAAUUCUACGCUGACAAUGGGUAUCUAUCGAUCAAGGAGCUGAUUGAAGCCACUUCCCUCGACAAGUAUAAACAACGCUUCGUUCAAAUAUGCAAGGGCUUAGUGGACCGUGGGAACAUCACAAUCGUGAAGGAGCCUCCCCUUGUCGCCGCGGGAGUUAAAGGAGAGGAUGCUGUCAAUAAGCUUCAAGAUAUUCUCUUCGACGAUGUGUUCAGCCAGUAUUUCGAGGACCCCCGCCUUUUGCACGUGGUGUCUCAGCUCAUUCCUGGUGACACCAAAAAGAUAGAAGACGUAAACCUCAUGGGGAUGCACACUAUGUUCAUCAACAAACCGCCGGGUACUACUCCUCAUCCUCCACAUCAGGACUUGUAUUACUUCCCGUUCCGCCCAGCGCACAAAAUCGUGGCCGCUUGGACGGCUGUCGACCAUGUUACUCAGGAGAACGGAUGUCUGUACGUGGUACCAGGCUCACAUAAGCUGGAGAAGAUUUACGCUCAUGCUAACAGCAAGGAUGAAGGCAAGGCUUUGUACCACGGCGUCCUGGAAGAAGAGUCAGUGGCACCUAUGGACAAGAGGGUUCACUUCGUCAUGAGUCCAGGAGACACUAUCUUCUUUCACCCGCUAUUGGUGCACGGAUCGGGACCCAAUGUUACCAAGACUCACCGAAAAUCGAUAUCGUGCCACUACGCUAAUGGCGAGUGCUAUUACAUAGAUGUGUCCGACUCGGCGCAGGCGCAAAUCGCCGAAGAGAUCGUUGCCGCAGUAAGCAAGAAGUUUGGUUUUAGUGACAUCACUGUGCAGGAGAUAUUUAAAUAUAGAAGUAAACAAGUUAAAGGUACCAAGUCCAAUUUGUAACAUAGAAUUACUUUUCUAACAUUUCGCACGUUCAAACCAAUGCGAACACUAUGUACAAAGGUCAAUGUCCGAGAAAUGGCUAUAAAAGACUUUGAAAAUAAAUCGUGAUAAUGUUUUAUUUAUUCAAGAUAGUUACUGAGAAGUGAUAAUGUUUUUUUA